UUAUACCAAACCAAACCAAGUCCUAUAUAAACGGUCUACCUCUUCUCUAAUACCAAUCAUCACUUUCAACAACAUUUUUUUCCUCAUUAUAAAAUCAACUCAAUGUGAACAAAAAAAAGAGUGAAAAAAUGAUGAAUUUAGAUCAGUUGCCUGAAGACUGCUUUGCACACAUUUUGUCACUCACUUCGCCUCAAGAUGCAUGCCGUUCGUCUCUGGCCUCAUCUUGUGUCCGUGCCAUGGCUGAUUCGGACAGCCUUUGGGAUCAUUUUCUGCCGUCUGAUUACAAAGAAAUCCUAUCAAGAUUGGUGUUUCCUGUGGUAUACUCCUCCAAUAAAGAGCUGUUUUUCAGGUUAUGCAGUCCAUGUCUAAUUGAUGGUGGUAAGAAGAUUUUUUGGAUAGAAAAAUCAACAAAUAAGAAAUGCAUCAUGUUGAGUGCAAGGGAGCUCUCAAUAACAUGGGCAAGCCAUCCUCUAUAUUGGACUUGGAAACCAAUUCCUGAAUCAAGGUUUGCAGAAGUAGCUGAGCUCAUAACAAUGUGGUGGCUAGAAAUUUGUGGUAGUGUGAACACCAAAAUGCUCUCUCCAAACACACUUUACACGGCCUAUCUCGUGGUCAAGUUCGCUGAUCGCGCAUAUGGAUUAGAUUUUCUACCUUCUGAGGUUUCUGUUGAAGUUGGAAAUUCCAAAGCACUAGGGAAAGUGAACUUGAAUCCUCAAGAAGGAAGAAGUAAACAUUUUCAUCGUGUGCGUUUCCUAAACCAAUUGGAGGCUUUGAGGUCAAGGUUGCUUCAAGAUCAAGAAAGAGGAGGCCUUGGUGAGCGAGAGAAUGGUUGGAUCAAGAUUGAAUUGGGAAGCUUUUUCAAUGAUGGCAGUGGUGAGGAGCUAAAGAUCAGCCUCAGGGAAGUGAAGGGUCAGCACCUUAGAGGAGGUCUCAUUGUUGAGGGAAUUGAAAUAAGGCCUAAACAUUGAACAUGUCUCAAUUUUUUAUUUUUUUUGCCAUUUAAGCUUAGGAGACAUGUUUGCAUACAAAGAAAAGAAACUCGUUUACUCGAUCAUGCUAUACAUUUUGGGCUUCAUUUCAUGUGAAACUUGGGACUCUUUGUACUAGGAGAUUCUUUUCCUCAGUCAAGUGAUUUAUGUCUAUAUCAUUAUUAUUAUUAUCAAUUUGAUAGUUAUCCCCUUUAUUACA